AGCCGCAACCAGCGACGACACGCUGCAGCUACACACACGGCCCAUCGCACAAAGGGGCACCACCCACCACCCACCCUCUUGCUGCUGCCUACACUCAAGUCGCGUCAGUCGACAGCAGCCUUACCCCCACGGCAUAAAGCGGCACCGGCACCGCAUCGACGACAGACCUACAUCGUCACCACAACUAGCCGCCAAACAACACCACCAUGAAUUACCUCAAGUCCAUUACCACCUCGGUGCUCAACUCGACCGGCGUCUCCUUUCCUUUCUCGAUCGGCGAGCGCAUCCCUGGGCUAGAGGCAGGGAGCACCAUCUGGGAUAUCCGCGAGGGCGUCAAGAAGGAUGACGGAACACCCCUUACGCUGUUCAUCUUUGACUCGACGCUGGGGCCAUUGCAGCCAGGCAACAAGGACAGGCGAACACUGUUCCAGCUGGCCAAGAAUUCGCUCAAGAAGCUGCGGACGAUCAGGCAUCCCGAUGUCCUGAAGUACAUCGACUCGGUCGAGACCGAGACGCACAUCUACAUCGCAACGGAGCAGGUACGGCCGCUUCAGGGCGUACUGCGUGACUGGGAAAGAGGGGGUGCGCUCGCGUCCACGAGCGCAGUGAAGAACAAAGAGGGCAAGGAGGCAUGGCUCGGCUGGGGCGUGAAGAGCAUAUCUACCGCGCUCGCCUUCCUCAACUCGCCCCCAUUAUCACAGCACCACGCCUACCUCCUCCCCUCGACCGUAUUCAUCACGCCCGCGAUGGAGUGGCGCUUGGCCGGCUUCGAUCUCUUGACGGGGCGGGACGACGCGUCCGGCGUGCUCUGGGGUCUGGGUGGGCUGGCGCCUGGCGGGGUGGGCGAGUACUCUAGCCCCGAGGUGCAGAAAGGUGGCUGGGGUGUGCUCCGGGACACCGAUCCCGCCCAGGAGGACAUCUACCUCCUCGCCAUGUUCCUCUUCCACCUCUACAACCCCGAGAAGCCUAUCCCCAAGUUCUCUGGCCCACCAACGCCCGCAUCCGCAGGCUCGCUUCCCAAGAGCCUCUUUCCCCUAUGGAAGCGCAUGCUCAACCCCAACGCGCGGACAAGGCUGUCGACGAUCAACUUUGUUGCCGAAGCGCAGUCGACAUCGUUCUGGACCGGCAACCCGCUCGUCAGCCUCGUCGAGGGGCUCGACGGCUUCGAGCUGCGGUCCGACGGCGAGAAGCAGCAGCUUCUGAGGAUAAUCAAGGAUGCUGCAGACGCCGGCACGCUCCCCGAGCCGUUCCUCGUCCACCGUGUCCUUCCCAGCCUGUUACACUCGCUGUCGCUGCCCGACGCGCCCAGCGCCCUCAUGCUCCCGCUCGUGCUCGCCAUCGGCAAGACUGUGCCACCGUCGACAUAUCCCAAGGUCGUGCUCGAGCCUGUCGUCAAGCUGUACGCCAGCCCCGACCGCGGUACCCGUAUGGCCCUGCUCGAAGGCCUCAACGAGUACGCCGACAAGCUCGACUCGCGAACCGUCAACGAACGUGUAUGGCCCAACCUCAUCACUGGAUUUGCCGACACUGUGCCUGUGAUCCGCGAGGCGACUAUCAAGGCCGUGUACCCCUUGUCGAGCAAGUUGUCGGACCGAAUCCUGAACAAUGACUUGCUGCGUUUACUCGCCAAGAUGCAGCAGGACGUUGAGCCGUCGAUCCGAACCAACACCUGUAUCCUGCUCGGCCGCCUCGCGCCGUCACUUAACUCGAACACGAAGAAGAAAGUCCUGGUCCCCGCGUUCGCCCGCAGCUUAAAGGACACAUUCGUGCACACUCGUGUCGCGGCUCUGAUGUCGCUCAUGGCCUCGAUCGACUGCUUCGACACCGAGGACCUCGCCGCGCGUGUCCUCCCCAACAUGACGUUCGCACUUGUCGACAAGGAGAAGAUGGUGCGCGACCAGGCGUUCAAGGCCGUCGGCAUCUUCCUCAAGCGGGUGGAGGAGGGCGCGGCGCAGAUGCCCGACACACAGCUCAGCGACGAGGCAAGGGCUCCCGCCGCGCUGGGCUCCAACCCGCCGCCGGCACCGAACGGGUCGUCAAGCUACGUCAACUCGGCGGCCGGCGCAGCAGCAGGCGCGGCGGGGUCGCUGGCCGGAUGGGCCUUCUCGACGCUCAGCCAGCAGAUCUCGUCGCGCGACGCCAACUCGUCGCUGACGGCGGCAUCGUCCAACAUUGGCGAGCUGCCGAACUUCCAGGCGGCACGUGCUGCGGCCGCGGCCGCCGAGACAAAACCGAGCCCGGAGCGUACGCCAUCAUACGAGCGUCCAGCGGCGCCGAGCAAGGUCUCGUCGUUCGGCGCGGCGCCGAAACCCGUACGUGCAGGCUCGGGCAUGAAGCUCGGCGGUGCGGCCAAGGCGCACAAGCCAACCGACCUCGCCGACGCGCUCGCCGCCGACUUUGAGGACGACGAAGUCGCCAACGCGUGGGGUAACGACGACCUCAUCAACGUCAAUGCCGACGACGACGACUGGACCGCGUUCGAGGAGGCGCCGCAGGAGGUCGCGGCCGCGCCGCCGCCCCAGUCAUACUAUGUCACUCCGGCAGCCAAGCCUGCACCAAAACCCGCACCGCCAAAGCCUGAGCCCGUUGUCGCGCCGAAACCCGUCAAGGCAGCACCGGCCGUGGCCAAGUCGCCGCCUCCCACCGAGUCGGCGCGCAGCAGCAUCUCGGAGCCAUCGAAACCCUCCACGCCGCAGCCCAACCUCUCGUCCCUGUCCAAGGAGGAAAAGGACAAGGAGAUGGCCCGGCGACGCGAGGAGCGCAAGGCGCGCAUCGCGGCCAUGAAGGGGAAGAAGUAG